AUUUAAUUGUGUAGGAAGGAUGUUGGUUUACACCGAAGAUGGAUACUAAAUGCUGGAGUUACUCAGCGGGGUGAGCACCAUCUCUGGGUAGAAGGAAUGACCGAGUCUGAAGAAGGGUCUCGACCAGAAAUGUCACCCAUUCCUUCUCUCCAGGGAUGUUGCCUGUCCCGCUGAGUUACUCCAGCAUUUUGCGUCCAUCUUCGAAGAAUUUCGAUAUUAUGUCUGGGACAUAUGACGAUAAAACACUCUUGACAAAGUGCAGAUAGUCCUGCGAUCAUCUCAUCGUUUAUGCGUUCACUGGUUGUCUGAAGAAGGGUCUCCACCCGAAAUGUCACCCACUCCUUCUCCAGAGAUGCUGCGUGUCCCGCUGAGUUACUCCAGCAUGUUGUGUCUAUCACUGGUGUGAUAGCGGUAGUGGCGUUGGCAAAAUGCUAUAGAUGUUGGAGCGACAGCCUGGUUUGUAAAGGCAGAGCAGCGACUGCCAGGCCCGAUACUAAUGAUACCAACGCAGGCAGGGCAGUCCCCUCCUCUGCCUCCCGUCAAUCCCACCUCCAAUAUCGAUCCUGAGAGUAGUGUGCUCGCUCUGCCCGUAAACCAGAGGCGUUGCAGAUGCCGGGCAAGCGGCCCGCUCCCCGCUCUCCCUUCCCGACCCAGGAAGCGGUAAACGCCGACCGCUACCGACAAGGAAAUGUUUCACACCAGUAACCAGAAACCCAGGUGUUGCCGGCUCAACGGAGGAAUGAAAGAUCUUGUUCUGCUCAAUAGCUGAGCCCCAGCUCCCCGUGUCUCCCCAGCCAAUCUCUGACAUUUUCUAUCGGUCUGUUUCUCUCUAUUCCCCCUCCAUAUUCUCUCUCUCCCUCUCUCUCUCUGUUCACCAUCCACACACUCUCUUCUUCCCACGUUCUCCGGAGAUGCUGCCUGACCUGCUGAGUAAAUCCAGUACUUCUUUGUAAACCAGCAUCUGCAGUUCCUUGUGUCUGCACUGUUUCAGUCUCUGAGAAUAACUGGCUCUGCUUCUCUCUCUCUCUCUCUGUUUCUCUCCCUGUCAACUCAAUUCUGCCCAUAUCUCGCUCGUCUAAUUCUCUCCGAGUCUCUCUCUAUCUCCUCCGCCGUACCGUAUUGCAAUCGUCUAGCCCCAGCGCCGAGUCGCUCGCAGCUCCACGUCUCAGUGUGUGCUUUAAAAAAAGUCUCUUGCUCUCUGAGUAAGAGUUCCAGUGAACAACACACAUUUCUUAGAACUGCGGAGAAGUGAAACCGAAAGUGAGAAAUGUGCGCGACAGGACUGGUCGCUUGGAAGCAGGUGAUUUCCUUGAACAGGGGAAGGUGAUAAAAACGGGGCGAGUUGUCAGCUCGCACUCCAGAACUGAUCUAACAAGAGGCAAUGAACGUACCCGCUUCCCCGGAGCCCUGUAAACGUGUGGGGGAACGCGGUGCAAUCAAUCUCACACACACUCCACAACUCAGGCUGCUCAGUACAACUGGCACCCACCGACUUACAAGCCGCUUGCUCGCCGCUGCUACGCAUUGCCCAAGCGAACGGAUUUUCUCCCCGCCUCGUCCUCUCAACGGGACGCUUGGAAGCUUUAAUUUAAAUUCCCCGCAAACCCGAGUCUGAUGCAUAAGGGCUGGUGAUUAUCUGCAUUGGGUUGGAGCCUCUAGCUAUGGGAGACCACCAAAGAUCGCCCAUGCUAUAGGAUGGUGGCUGAUCGCAACCUGAUUGACAGAGCAGCCGAUGCCAGAGUCCAACUGGAGCCUCAGGUACUGGAAGCGUUGGAGCAUGAUGAUGGCGCUCAGCAGCCCGACCUUGAACACCAGCCAGCGAGAGCCCGUCCCAGAAGCCGUCAGAUGGAAACACACUUCAAAAUCUUCCGAUCUGAGUCGGACUUCCACAUCAUUACCAGGACUUGGAGAUACCUGGAGGACAGUGGCUUCUAUUGGGGCCCCAUGUCAGUGGAGGUGGCUCACAACAAACUCAAGUCUGAACCCGUGGGAACGUUUCUUGUUCGGGACAGCAGACAGAAGGAUUACUUUUUCUCUCUCAGUGUCAAGACUGCCAAUGCUCCCAUCAGUUUCAGGAUUCAGUUUCAGGAUGGCCUCUUUGGUUUGGAUGGUAGCCAGGAGCACUUCAGCUGUGUCAUGAAGUUGAUCGAGCAUUUCAUGACCUCGCCUAGGAAGCUUCUCUCGAAACCUCUCAGAAAAGUCAGACUGCGGUCCCUGCAGGGAAUCUGCCGGGCCAGGAUUAUCGAGUCGUCCGGGAGAGAGAACAUUGAACAGCUCCCCUUAAACCACAUCCUGAGGGAUUAUCUGAAAACGUUCCCUUUUCGGAUUUGAAAAAGCAGCAUUACCCUCUACCUUCCCCCCCCCCCCCCCCCCCCCCCCCCCCCACCCAAACCACCAGACCUGUGAAGAGAAGGGGGCAUCAAACAUCACCGGGAUUUUAACGCUCAGUCCUGUUUGUGGGAUUUCUCUUUUGUAGCAUUGUGUUUUCGUUUUGGAGAAAACUUGAACCAUUUCAUGACUGUUUACAGACACAGAAAAUGUUUACACUAUGUGGGGCCUGUGACCCAUUGAUUAUUUUCUGCCAUGCAGAGUUACAAUACAUUUCUUUUUGUAAUAAAACAAAAUAUAUUGUGGAACUUUUA